UAUAUUAAAAUUUCAUGUUUAGGUCAAACUUGUUGCAAGACUAACCAAGGAUACGGAUGUUGUCCUAUGGAGGAUGCGGUAUGCUGUUCAGAUCUUCAGCAUUGCUGUCCAGACGAAUAUAUCUGCGUAGAUCUAUUUGAAAUCUGCGUAAAGUGUCCAGAUGUGACAGGAAAACAUAAUUUUACAAGAAAAUUAGAGCCUCUCCGAGAACCUUUCUCUUUAGUUAUCCACGCGAAUUCAUGUCCACAAUGUCCUAAUUGGGCGACUUGUUGUCCGAUGACUACAGGCCAAAUAGGUUGUUGCCCUCUUGAAAACGCUGUCUGUUGUAGCGAUAAGGAACAUUGUUGUCCACACGGAUAUACUUGUGAUGCCUCAGGGUUUUGCACAUCUAGCACGGAGCCAAUGGAGAAUCCAAGAAUGCAGAGGCAUGUUCAAAACAGUAAAAGCUCAAUUCUUUCCUCAAAACACAAAUUGUUGAAGCGAAAUUCGGUAGAUCUUGUACAGUGUCCAGAUGGCAAUUAUUGCAAUUCUGGAAAUACUUGCUGUUUGAUAGGCUCUAACACUUACGGAUGCUGUCCCUUUCCUCGAGCUGUAUGCUGCUCUGAUAAAGUUCAUUGUUGUCCUAAUGGUAUGACAUGCGAUAGAUCAGGUUACUGUACCAAUGGACCGGAUGUUAUUUCUUGGUUUGAGAAAAAACCAGCAAUUAAACGACCUAAGAUAGAAAACUGAAGUUUUCAAGUUGCAUGCAAUUGCUUUGAUUAUUAUUAUUUUUUUUUUUUGAGAGUAUAAGUCUCUGUAAUUAAUUAACUUGUAAUUACUUAACAAUUAAAAUGAUUUAAACUUGUUUGUAGUCAACAUUACAAUAAUGUAUAGCAAUUCAAUUUUCGAAAAUUUGAUAUUAUAAAUAUUAAAAUUAAAAUUUGUUUCUCUUAAUAAACUAAUAAUUAUGUUCA